AUGGCUUACAUGCAAACAUAUAGUGAGCAGGGAGGCGAAAGACCUGAAAACAACGACAAAGCCGGCGCGGCGAAAAGCUCAAAUGCAUUGCCAUCAUAUACUGCCAUGAUAGCCCAGGCCAUCCUAAGCAAGAGUGUGCAACGGUGUGCUCUUAAUGAGAUUUACGAGUUUAUGGAGAGGCGUUUCCCACCUCUAAAAGAAAAAGGAAAUGGUUGGAGAAACUGUGUCAGGCACACUUUGUCACUCAGCGACUGCUUUAUGAAGCUGCAUAGGCCUGAAAACGGCCGGAGUUGCCACUGGGCAAUACACCCUACGUAUCUUUCUCGCUUUAUGAGAGGUGAUUUUCGAAAGAGACGCCAAACUCGAGCCAGAAGGAAUCCUCAGUCGUCAUUUCAAGACCAAUACCCUCUGCAAACAUAUGAAAGGGAUAUGGUGGCUUGUGACAAUAGAACGUUCCAUGUGCCAAUGGCACUGUCUGCAUCGUCUAGCGAAAGCGUGGACCAUGUUGGACAUUACCAUAUUCCUACUUGUAAUUCUGUGAUGCCAAAUUACAGCCAAUUUUCCUCUCAUGCACCUCACAUGUCCCAAGGGCACAACUAUCUGCAUGGGCAGCAUAGUACACAACCAAGCAGCUAUCAAGGCCAAUUAUCAAUGGACUACAAAGUUAUGAACAAUUACUACGAACCAUAUGCUCAACAGCACAGAGGAUAUUACCAAUAA